UUGCCAUCUUGUCGAGUGGUGGAGAAUGAGCAGAGCCAUACUUGAGCUAGCCUGCUAGUAAGUGAGUUUCAGUCACAGCAGGAGUUCUAAAGAGUGAGAGAACCAGAGGACUGGGAAGCUAAACUUUCUUCAAUUCAGGAAUUUCUGUCUGACGUAGGAGGAUAUAGAUUCCAUGUGAAGAGUUGAAGAAGGAUAUGGAUUUGUUUACAUGAUGUCGUGCAGGCUGGUUCCUAGGUAGGGAAAGAACUAACGAUAGCUAUUUGGCUAGCUAGCUAGUUCGCUUUUAACAACAUUAGCUAGCUAGCUAAAAGGGAGAGUGGUGAAGAACGGGGCCCGCCAGUCAGACUAAAGUAUCGGUAGCAGCUGGUGAGCAGUAACUGCGACAGGGGCCUGCUUGCAACUCCGAGGCCGGGAAAUUACCUCACGCGGGAGGCCAGGUCUGGAAGAACCGGAGGAGAGGAGGAGGUGGUGGUAUCGGGAGACUUGUCACAUCUCGUGAUGACGGAGCCUAGCUAGCCAGCUACUUACCCUGUCCGAGUUCGGAGGAAGUGUGCUUGUUCGUUUUUCCACUCAGACACAAUCUGCAACAGGAGAGGGGAGCAAGGAAGAUGUCGCAUACUUGUCUCUCGUUAUGAACUGUGAGUUAUUUAGACAUAUAAGUUGGAUAGCUACCCAACUAACUAAUUCAGCUCAUACUUAACACACUUUAAUCUGGAAAUAGAGAGCUGGAGUGAAUAACAUAUUCAACAUGUCAAAAAUGCCAGCAAAGAAGAAAAGCUGUUUUCAGAUCACAAGUGUGACACAGGCUCAGGUGGCGGCCAGUAGCAUCACGGAUGACACCGAGAGUCUGGACGACCCUGACGAAUCCAGGACCGAGGAUGUGUCAUCAGAAAUAUUCGACUUGUCCCGGGCCGAUUUUGAUACGGGGGUAUGUGACAGAAGUUCAUCUGAGGAAACCUUAAACAACGUAGGGGAAGGGGAGGCUGCUGUCAUGGUGUUACGUUUACCUCAAGAGCAAGAGGCUGCAACAGGUCAUCUUAACGGGGGACACGCUUUUAGAAGUACAGGCGCGAGUCAUGUCAAUCCAAACCUUUUAGGAGGUAGUGUGCCUGUACCAGCCGCGAGUCAGCCCUCCAUUCCAACCUCGACCACUCAGCAGCCGACAACAGUUAACGCUGGCCCUGCUGUGAAUGUCUCCCCAACAAGUGUGUCUCAGACGCCCCCAGCUGCGCCUAGCUCUACAACUACUGUAAGCUAUAGUUCACGUUUCAGAGUCAUUAAACUUGACCAUGGUACAGGGGAGCCUUUCAGACGGGGCAGAUGGACAUGUACAGAGUUCUAUGAGAGAGAUUCUGAGGGCUCUAGCAUGAGCAGGACUGUGGAUAGCAUAAAACAUGCUGUCACUCUUGACCACAAUGCAGACAGGGACACUGGACUCAGUGCCACAGGAGACUCUGUGGUUGCUUCUAGUACCCUCUCCACACAGGCUCAGGAGUCCACGGGUGAUAGUGGCUACUCCACUAUCCACCAUGGCCAUCCUCCGGAGCCUCAGCAGCAAGGCUACAGCCUAGCGCCCCAAAUAGGGAACGGGGGGAGUGCCUUCCAGGCCAUGGGUUACUCAGCAGCGGUAUCCCAGGUCAACGUGCAGCCCGCUGUCCCCCAAACGCUUCACCCUACUGGCCUCAACGGGGUGCCCCAAGGCGGCAUGCUGCAAAAAUCUCCCCUUAUGCCUCUUGCCACGCAGGCCCAGCAGUUUUCCUACUCUGCUCAUCCCUCUGGAAUGCUCCCCAGUCAGCUGGACUACCGACAGCAGCACUUACCCCCUCUCCAGCCUCAGGGCUCCAGCACUCAGACCCUCCCCAUGGCCUCCCUCUCUGUGGGGCCUCCGGCGAGCCAGGGCCCCUCGCCUGUCAUCACCCCAGCCGGCCCCAGUGCUCAGGGGCUGUUGGCUCAGGCCGGGGAGCUGACUGGGUCUCUGCCUAGCGGUCCAUUAGCCUCAGUCCAGGGGCUGUUACUGCAGGUGGGCAGCGGUGCGGUGAUGACCCCUCUCCUGCCCGGGGGUGCCAUACAGCACCCUGUGAGUCAGCCCCUGCCUUCAGGAGGAGUGGGCAGUGUCCUCGCACCCUCCACAGCCUCCGUUGUCCAGAACGUGCCUGCCACAGUGCCCAGCGCCACCAACACCCCCCCAGGCAUGCCAAGCCAGGCCCCCGGCCCAGGAGGACUCCCCCAAGGCCAGGUAGUUCGCAGUGGGGCCACGGCGGGAUCAGCUGGGCAGGGCCUUCCCGCAGCCAGCCAAGAGGACGACAGCCGCAGGAGGUCGGACACCCUACCUCAGCCCAACGCCACCCUGGGAAAAGAUUUCAUGAGGCCUUUCAUCCCAGAGAGCCUGCAGCUGGCCACUCCCACCGUCAACAAUCUGUUCGGGAUAGCCAUUCCCAUGGAUGAGGAUGAGGAUGGUGCUUCCGGAGCCAGUGUUGUAGCCAUCGAUAACAAGAUCGAGCAAGCAAUGGACCUAGUGAAGAGCCACCUGAUGUACGCAGUGCGGGAGGAGGUGGAGGUGCUGAAGGAGCAGAUCAAGGAACUGUACGAGAGGAACUCUCAGCUGGAGCAGGAGAACGCUGUGCUCAAGUCCCUGGCUAACAUGGACCAGCUCACCCAGCUGUCUCAGCAGCUACACCCCACCAAUAACAACAACGCCAAUACCAACACCCCCCUGGAGGGUGCAACCCAGCCUCUCAGCCUGCCCCAGCAGCCCAACGUCACCUCUGUGUGAUCCCCUGCCCUCGUAAUACACCUCCCCGACAUACGGGAGGAGGAGACCCCAACAAACAACCAACCAACCCCUGCCUCUCCCGCCGCCUUGCAACAUAAAAAAAGAGCUCAGAACUUCAUUUGAUUUGUUUUUUGGAGAAGCAAAAAACUAUCAAAAUCAGCCUUCGUUUGACACCCUUGUCUUUGACUCGCGUGAAGAGCCAUGCUUCAUUGUGCGUGCUGCUGCUGUCGUCGGGCCUUCCCAGUAUUAGACAAUCAUCAUCCUGUGAUAGCUUUCUUUUGGCCGGGAAUCCCGCGUUAAGUUGGGGAGCUGGGGAGCUGGCCAAGGGAGGAGUGCGGUGCAGGGCCACGGGGGGAGAGAGGCAAUGCGGCGCAUGGUGGCGGUAGUGGAGGUGGUCAAAGAGUCCGAAAAACAGGG